AUGUCUAGCCCUAUCGCCAUCCCGCGCUCGUCCCCCGUCGCAUCUCGCAGCCCCUCGGGCUCUCCGACGGGCGUGUAUGUCCCCGUCCACAAGCGCAAGGCGGUCGACCCGCACGUCAGCGCCAUGGCGCACGUUGGCAGCGCCGCGGCGGCGGUCAUGAACGGCCCGAUCCGCAAGCAGCCCUCAUUCGUCUACGGGCGCAACCAGCUCCGCGCGCUCGCGGCCUCCCCGCUCGUCGGCGCCUCGCUCUCCCCCGCGCAGCAGGCGCGGCUCGGGGAGCUCCGCGCGUUCGUCUCCGCCCCGACGAGCGCGGGAGGGGAGAAGGCCGUGCGGAGGAGGCGCGCGGCGAGGAGGGCGAGCAACGCGAAGAAGCUGCAGACGGAGGUGCAUGUGGACGUCGAGAGCAGGCGCCGCCGCCAUGGGCACGGCGCGUGGGGGUGGACGGCGCACUCUGACGCGGAGGAGAGCUGGAGGCAUGCGCCGGAGCUCGUCGAGAUGCGGGCGUGA